AAACUAAAGGAAGAGGUGGAGACCGAAGGAGAGGAAGAACAGCGACCGCUUCCCUUUCCUCUCUCUUCUGUUUCUCACACUGUGUUUGUGUUUGUUUGAGACAAAUACCCAAAGCCUUCAUUUUUAAUUUUAUAUUGUAUGUAACUUGCACUUUCUUUUUCCAGAAGGUGAUUGCAAAAAACACUUACCGCCAAGAGCAACAAAAGAAAAGGAGAGAAAGAGAAAGAAAGAGACGACAGGCGACAACAGAGAGAGAGUGUGGGAGAGGGAGAGGGAGAGAGAGAGAGAAGGAACUGUAGAAGCUUUCAAAACCACACAAAGGAAAACGAUGUCUGAGAGCUUUACAUCCUUUCAUACUCUGCAACUCUAAGAGGUUGGUGUUUGUUGGAUUUUGCUUAUCCUUAUUACUGAUCAAUAAUUCAACUAUAUUGGAGAGUGGUGAUAUAAAGUUGAAGGUGAAGAAAAAGGAGAUGAUGAUUUUAAUAUGGGAAUAGCAACACCGCCACCACUUCCAUCCAUAUUUCUUUCACACAGCUCCAGUAAGCUUGAUUCUUCCAAUUCUAUGUCCCAAGAUUAUCAACAAGGAAUCUUCAGUUUCUCGAAUGGGUUCGAGAGAUCAGCGGUAACACCGCAGCAGCAGCAGAUCCGAAGGGAGAAGGUGAGGUUGCAACAAGGGUUCGAGGGAGCACCACCAUUAGUUGGGAUAGAAGAAGAGGAAGGUGGAGAGCUUCCGGUUUAUGAAACCGCAGGGAUGUUGUCAGAGAUGUUUAAUUUCCCUCCGGCCGGCGCCACCGCCGCUGAAUUGUUGGAACAGCAGUCUGUGUCGACGGCGACGUAUCGGUCCCCGAGGCCACAAGGAGUGGCCAGCAGCAGCAGCGAGUGGUACGGAAACAGACAAGGGAUGAUAACAACUGGGUUGGGACCGUUGGGAGAUUCAAAGAAUCAGAACAGUGUGAAUAGCCGUGACAGUAAUUUGGUUCAUCAUCAUCAUCACCAUCACAACCAGAUUUCAAGCAUUAAUGCAGACUCAGCAGCUGCCAUGCAGCUUUUUCUCAUGAACCCUCCUCAAACAAGAUCUCCUUCCCCUUCUCCUCCAACUUCUUCCACACUCCAUAUGUUACUUCCACACCCUUCUUCUAAUUCUUUACAAGGUUUCACUGGUUCAGGACCACCAAGUGGUACUUUUGGCCAAUUUACAUGGGUUCAUGACAGUGCUCAUCCAGAAGGAGGAACCACUGGCCCUCCUCACCUUAACAACAACAACCAAGGUGAGAUUGGUGGCGUUGUGGAAAGCCAAGGUCUUUCGUUAUCAUUGUCCUCUUCGUUGCAACACUUGGAAGCUGCAAAAGCUGAGGAAUUGAGGAUGGGGGAUAGUGGUUUUAUAUAUUACAAUCAAGGAGGUGGAAUUGGAGGUGGAGGUGGAGCCGGUCCAUCUUCCUCAGCUCAGUUUCCGUACAAGAAUAAUAAUCUUCAGGCAUUGCAUUUACAAGGUGGUGGUUCCAUAGGAGGACACAAUAAUAACAACCAGGGUUUCGGGUCAUCCUUAGGUAUUGUAAAUGUUCUGAGAAAUUCAAAGUAUGUGAAGGCUGCUCAAGAAUUGCUCGAAGAGUUUUGCAGUGUUGGGAGGGGUCAGUUUAAGAAGAGCAAGUUCAAUAGGCAGAAUUCAAACCCUAAUUCAAAUCCCGGUGGCGGCGGCGCUUCUUCUUCUUCAUCAAAAGAUCCUCCUCCUCCUCCUCCUUUGUCAGCGGCUGAUAGAAUUGAGCAUCAGAGAAGGAAGGUCAAACUUCUAUCAAUGCUUGACGAGGUGGACAGGAGAUACAACCACUACUGCGAACAAAUGCAAAUGGUAGUGAACUCAUUUGACCUGGUAAUGGGUUUUGGUGCAGCAGUUCCAUACACAGCACUUGCGCAGAAAGCAAUGUCUCGGCAUUUCCGGUGUCUGAAGGAUGCGAUAUCAGCGCAGCUGAAGCACAGUUGUGAGCUUCUGGGAGAGAAAGAUGGGGCAGGGUCUUCAGGUUUGACCAAGGGAGAGACCCCAAGGCUAAAGAUGUUAGAGCAAAGCCUAAGACAACAAAGAGCCUUCCAUCAAAUGGGGAUGAUGGAACAAGAAGCUUGGAGACCCCAGAGAGGCUUGCCUGAACGAUCUGUCAACAUUUUAAGAGCUUGGCUUUUCGAGCAUUUUCUCCACCCGUAUCCAAGCGAUGCAGAUAAGCAUCUUUUGGCACGACAGACUGGGCUAUCGAGAAAUCAGGUAUCAAACUGGUUCAUUAAUGCCAGGGUUCGGUUGUGGAAACCCAUGGUGGAAGAGAUGUACCAACAAGAACUUAAAGAAGCAGAGUGUGCAGAAGAGAGAGAAAGGAACCAAAGCAAUAGCAAUAGUGCCCACGUAGCACAAACUCCAACCACACCAACAACAGCUACAACAUCAACAGCAACAGCGCCACCACCACCAACAACAACAACAAAACCAACAGGCAAAAGAUCCGAUAUCAAUGCUACUGAAAGCGACCCUUCACUCGUUGCAAUCAAUAGACAAGGCUUCUCGGAAAACCAAGCAGCCCAUUCUAGCUCCAACACCACCACCACCACCACCACCAACACGGUCGUCAACGCCCCCGCCUCUGAGGUGGCGCCACCCGGGUCUCAGUGCUUCGAUUCAGACCUGCCCCUACACAGAUCAAUAGCCAUUGAUGACACGUGUCGCCAUGGCAGCUUGGUGACAGCAGAUUAUGGGACCGCAUCUGCAAGUGCUGACAUUGGAUCCACUCUCAUUAGAUUUGGGACCACCGCCGGUGACGUGUCACUCACCUUAGGGCUACGCCACGCCGGAAACAUGCCGGAUAAAUCUCCUUUCUCUGUUAGGGACUUUGGAGGCAUUUAAUCUUCCAUAUAGUACUUUACAGAAUAAUAUAUAUAUAUAAAUAUAGGAAGAUGCUUUAUUAUAUUAUAUCAUCAAAAGAAAAACAUUUUUUUUUCCCAUUUAAUAUCUCUUUGAUAUUCCUCCGUUUUUUUAUUUGCAUUGUGUAAGGACAGGAAAAAAAGGUUACACGAUAUGAGAAACGUAGUGUUAAGUUAGCUAAUAGGUAUAGUUACUAUGAAAUCUAUUGUGUAACUGUAUAGUAGAUUGUUUUCCAUGACUUUUACCCCAUAUGUGUACUUAAUCAUUUCAGGGAUUUAGAUUAAUUUGAUAGGACUUGAUGUUGUCA